AUGUCCGCACCAUUCUACCUAGCGGAUAUUGGCGAAGUAAUUAUGGAAUGGCAUCGCGUUAACGAUCGCGGGGGUGUUGGCCAAAGACCUGUUUAUAGAGUCGAAUGUGGUGACUGCUCUACGGUCCUAAGUGAUCGCUGUAUGCGUGCUGCUUUAUUAUCCGAUAAAAAAACAGUGAUCUAUUCGACUGAUAUGCAGCCUACCACUGUAGGAUACAUCUACGGAGACUAUUCUGCGCCUUGCUGUGGAUGUAGAUUGCGUGACAUAGCUUGUAUAACUUGUGGCAAAGAACUUGGGUAUAAUAUUACCUUUCCAUGCACAGAGUGUCUAUCUUCGGAAAACAAUAGCCAUUAUUGGAUGUUCCGAGAGUGUAAUGUCACAUCGAAACAGAUUUUAUUUGAAGGUAACAUAAAAUACUAUUAA